AUGGCGACCAAGAAGAUCACGCCGAUGUUCAACGACUACGUGUACGAGGCGAUGCGGCGGAUUGCGGUCGAGCAGGGCUUUACGCCGGAUCUGUUCUCGGUGGACUUCGACGAGGAGACGCGCAUGGAGUGCGACGGGUACGUGAGCUUCGUGUUCAAGGCCAUCAUCAAUGGGGACGACCGGGAGUUUACCGUGUGGUGCAAGGUGCCGCCGAACGACGACCCGCGCUCGCUGGAGCUGUUCAAGCGCGAGUGUCUGUUCUAUCGGGAAAUUCUGAACGGGUUCUACGAGUUCCAGUCGGAGAAGGGUGUGUCGGAGGAGUCGGGCGAAGGGUUCUACGCAACGCCCCGGUGUUACCUGGCGCACUGCGAUACCGAGAAGCCGGAACCGGAGGCCCUGAUCAUGCUCGAGUACAACGAGGCGUACGAGAAGUGGGACUGGGACAAGCUGGAACCGAUCAAUGUUGAGCACACGAAGCUGUUGAUGCAGCAGCUCGGUCGGUUGCAUGCGCUCUCGUUUGCGCUGAAGGAGCAGCGGCCGGAAGCGUUCGAGCAGUACAAGCAGAUGACGGACGUGCUGGCGACCCAGGAUGGGCUGGUGACGUUGAUGAAGGAGUCGUUCGAUCGCGCCCUCACCACCAUGAAGACGCGCUUCGAAGACGAGCGGGACAAGAUCGUCGCCGUCAAGGAUGCCGUAUUCGAGGCUCUCAAGGGUUACUUCGAUCCGGCCCGGGCAGAACCAUACUAUGUCAUCACGCACGGGGACUGUUGGAUCAACAAUCUCAUCUACUCUCACAACCAGAAUAAUGUGGCCACGGGAGUGAUUCUUACCGAUUGGCAAUCCUCACGGUACGCGUCGCCCGUUCUCGACCUGUGCUACUUCUUCUUUAUCUCCGCCGGGGAGCAGUUCCGGCGGGAGCACAUGGACAGCAUGCUGCACCACUACCAUGCCGCCCUGGCCGACUUCCUGGCCAAGCUCGGUGGGGACGCGUCGCGUCAGUUCCCGCUCACCACCCUGCUGCGUCUCAUGAAGCCAUACCGGGACCUGUUGGGGAGUUAGCUCCACGCCCCGUUCCCGCGAUCCCGGGAGUAAACGCGGGAUACCAAUACGAGCCACCGUGUCGACGUUCCGUUGACGCUCCCAUCCGAUCGGAUCGUGGGAAUAUCAUUAAUCUGCCCCGCCUCUGGCCACUCAAAUCGGGCACAAAUGGUCCGGGAGCCAGCCAAGGCUCGUCCGAAUCAACCCCGUGUGUGGCGGGUGGAGAAGACACAACGAG